AACUUAAAAUCCAAACAUAUGUAGCGGUCAGCGGUUUCCCGCUGCCCACUACAAAUCGUUUAGUCAAGACUAAACCACUCCACCACCCUGUGCUGCACCCUACAGCAUUUACCCUGCAGCACUCCCAUGCAAUGUGAGCCCCACCCAACCACGUUUAUUCUCGCGCCCCAAGCCAGCCAUGGAGCGCGCGUCUCAAUCGCUCACUCAACAAACCUUCGCCUGAACCCAACUUAUGGGUUCGAAUUUCAACUUCCGAUUCUAAUACCAACACAUCCUGAAUGUACAACACCGCCUUACUACAAUAUACGAAUUAAAAGAAUCUUCUGGAGUUUAAUUUAAUUAUUAUUCUCCCUUUGUGUUGGCCAACCUGGCCCGUACAAAAUGGUGACCCCGAACAAGAUACCGAACGCGAUGCUUCAACGCAGAAUCGCCUUCAACACGAUGCUUCAACGCAAAAUCGCUUUCAACAAGAUGCUUCAACGCAGAAUCGCCUUCAACAAAUCAAGCCAUCGAGUGACAGAACCAACAUACACAUUCGGCAGACCGCCGAACGACGAGCUUUCGCCAUGAUGCCGUCACAACACCGCCAACACCAAUGCUGUCAGCAGCCACGCCUCCUCACAUGCAAGCAACCGUGGCCGCCGCCAAGGCCAAAUCUUUGGACAGCAGCUGUCCUUCGAACCUACACUUACCAAGGAUCGAACCUCUCCACAGAAGCCGUCAGACAACACUGCACCGCGCUUCCAAAAACUGUCGCUGCACCUACUCACAAUUUUGCUCCACACGAGUUUUAUGCAGAACUCUCGUCUGAAUCAGAGCAUACAUCAGCGACGCCGACACGAGCCUUCAAACUCGGACCGACACGGCAAGUAUGUGACCUGCAACCCACCGCGCAAACGAGACAUAGCAGUUUCUCGUCACCUUUGGGGACACACCCUGUCGGACACACCUGAAAGAGCUGAUCGGACCAACUACCUUCCAGCACGCCAAGUUCCCCCGGCUGGAAUCAACCAACAUACAGAACUUCCAAGUUCUCCUGUUUUUGGACUCAGCAAAAGUCCAACGCCUCAAAUUCCUCGUUCACUCCAGCCUAUACAAGAGUGACCUUCUCGCCAAGAGACAACUUCUCGCCAAGAGACACCUUCUCGCCAAGAGACACCUUCUCGCCCAGAGACACCUCACCAAGAGAAACAUACUGAGAGUGACCUCCGGUCUCCAAGUGGGGGCCUAUGUAGCGGUCAGCGGUUUCCCGCUGCCCACUACAAAUCGUUUAGUCAAGACUAAACCACUCCACCACCCUGUGCUGCACCCUACAGCAUUUACCCUGCAGCACUCCCAUGCAAUGUGAGCCCCACCCAACCACGUUUAUUCUCGCGCCCCAAGCCAGCCAUGGAGCGCGCGUCUCAAUCGCUCACUCAACAAACCUUCGCCUGAACCCAACUUAUGGGUUCGAAUUUCAACUUCCGAUUCUAAUACCAACACAUCCUGAAUGUACAACACCGCCUUACUACAAUAUACGAAUUAAAAGAAUCUUCUGGAGUUUAAUUUAAUUAUUAUUCUCCCUUUGUGUUGGCCAACCUGGCCCGUACACAUAUUUACGAAGGGUGAAGCCUUUGAAAGAACUUGUUUUGAAAAAGAUAGCGGACAGCGAUGAAUGUGCACAAACCUCUCUCAAACCAUUUCACUACCUCUCACCUAUGAUGAAGAAGGAAAUCUUGAGUCACAUGGCAUCCCAACAAGGAUCAAUUGACGAAUAUCAGACCCAAGCCAUGGCCAACUGGAUGUUUGAAUUGGCAAGCCAUCUCUUGGAUGUUCACACAAAGGAAUUUGACUUCAGCAUCUUUGGAACUAGAUGCGCCUGGGAAUACAUUGAGCGCGACCAGAAAGUGUGGCAGAUGCUGGCCGACAAGUGUCCAAACUUGGAGAGCAUCUUGGAUAAGCGCCGGACUGCUAUCUGGUUAAUCGAUAACAACCCGGACAAUGACAUAGAGUGCAACAAACUCUACAUGCGUAACAUGCUUCCGUACCUACGGAAAUUCCCAAAAUUGGAACAUAUUUCCCUGAUAAAGUAUAUUUGCGACUCUGAAGACUUGGCGCAGCUUGCUUAUCACUGGCCGAAUUUGCUGACUUUGUCUGUUGCCUUUGAAUUCGUCGACUCUGACACUCUGAGAAAUUUGUUUCAUUUUCAAAAACUGGAACAUCUGGAAAUUGAAUGGAGCAAAUUUGAUAUCUGGAGUAUUAAGAAUGAGUUACUUUACAAUGAGCAGUUCCUCUACUUAGAGCGCUUCAAAUCGGAAUGCAUGGAGCACCUGCCGAACUUGCAGUACCUCUCAGGAGGCGCAGAAUUCCACAACGAACUGCCAUACCAAGGCAAAAGAAAACUCGCCUUAAGAGAAAUUGACGUUUCGGUUGGCUUCAACCUUGAACUUGUCCCCUUUUUGGAAAAACUGAAAGUGACAGGACCAGGUUUUGAAAUUCCAAGCCAUACUUUUGGUAAUCUUACCAAUCUAACUGUUUUGAUUUUGUACGAAAUGAAAGAUUCUCAUAUUUCUGAUGUGCUUACUCACUGUGGUGCCAGGCUACACGAACUUGUCUUAAACGAAUCAGUUUAUGAAGCUGGCUUGGACCUUUACGAGUUAGUCUUUAAGUGCCAGCAACUACGUACACUUAAAAUUUCUUCGUGUGAUCUAUCCGUGAAAGAGAGCAAUUUUAAAUCUCAAGUGAAUGGCAAGCAUUUUAAAAUCAUCAGGCAUUUUUUGUUCAGAAAUUACAAAGAGGACCAUGAAUGUGAAUUUCCGUCUGAUUUGAUUCUCCUUUUAUUUGGGGCACCAGAAUUGGAAGAAUUAGCUAUUUUACAUGCCUUUACUCUUUGCUCCACUGACCUGUCGUAUUUAACUGAGCAGCUUCUUCAAGGACGCAUCUUGAAAAAUUUAAAGUUAUUCGAGUUUGAUUGCAACAUUGAAAACUCCAUCUAUUGCGAUGAUUUACUUAAAUUCCUCUGCCUCCUACCAGCUCAUGCUCCUAAACUCCAAAAAAUGCAAGGAGAAAGUUCUAGUGAAGAAUUUCAUGAGUCAUUUAAAAAAUCUAUUCUGUAUAAUGAUCUAAUUAUUGAUGGUUUUAAAUUUUUUAUAGGAUGGUAUGAAUAUGAUUCUUUUUAUGAUUCAAGUGAUAGUACCGAAUGAUACAUCAUCAAAAGAUGUAAUCAUUUUACCAAUUAUUAAAAUGCAUGCAAAAUAUUAAAGCAUCUAUGAUUACUAAAAAAAUGUAAAUCGAUCUUUUGCUCUGACCAUGACAUGAAUGACUUAUGGAAAUAAAAGAACAGUUCAUAAUUCAUAAUAAACUUUUAUGGCAUGAAUAAUGUUAUUAAUUAUGAUGCAUAAUAUUCCUACUAAACAAUUAAUUAAGAUAUAUGUUGGUUAGCAUUAAAUUAAAUAACUGAGUAUUCCUCUGGCCUCGUGCCUUGCAACCCAACAAUAUAGAGCUGCUGCUUCUCUACCUUGGAUCGGUGGCCGGUGGCUGCUCUAGUGAAAAUUUUUCUCAACCUCUUUAUUAUUUGUGAUUUUUACGCCUUUUUACACUUACACAAAAGCACAACGACUCACGAAAUCCGAUCAAUCACUGCCUGACAAUUAAAAAAAGUGGCUUCUUGUUUGAAAUUUUUUGACAAAUGAGGAAUCUUGAGUUGAAAUAAAAAUUUGGCAAAAAGUGUCAUUUUUAAUUAUACGACAAUUAGCAUUAGCAGCAAAGUUAGUGAAUUGAUCAAUAAUUUAAUUUAGAAAAGGCUGUGCUUAUUGUUCCAGCAUUACAAAUGACACAUUGCCAAGCUCAUAUCAUCAUGUCAAUACUAUAUAUAAAAAAAACUUUCAGAAAUUCCAAAGAAGGCACUUUUUGUAACAAGAAAAAAUAUUGUGUUCAAUUAUAUUUGAACCCGUUCUUGUGCACAAUGCGUGGCUCAUCUUUUGUAAAUGGAUUUCAAUCAAAUAUUGAAAAUAUAAUGGUGUUGCAGAGAUAAUAAAUAAAAAGC